GCGGCGGGCACCUGCUGCGGUCCCCGGCGGCAGGGAUGCUCCUGCCCUUGGCGGCGGAGCGCGGAGGCUGCGGCAAGCCCGGCCGGGAGGUUUGGGAGCCGGCGGCGGAGGGACAGAGGAAGGAGAUGCUGCUUGCCCGCUGCCGGCCCUGCUGCCGCCUCGGGAAUUGAACAUGAGUCUGCCAGGCCGCGUCUCCUGCUCCAUGCUCAACUGCUUUGGCGAGGAAGGCCCUCCCAGUUUGGAGUAUAUCCAGGCCAAGGACUUGUUCCCCCCAAAAGAGCUUGUGAAGGAGGAAGAGUCGCUGCAGGUCCCAUUCACUGUGUUGCAGGGCGAGGGAGUGGAGUAUCUCGGCCACGCGAACGAUGCUGUGAUCGCCAUCUCCAACUACCGGCUUCAUAUCAAGUUCAAGGAUUCGGUCAUCAAUGUGCCUUUGAGGAUGAUGGAGAGUGUGGAGUGUCGGGAUAUGUUCCAGCUUCACAUUGUCUGCAAGGACUCCAAAGUGAUCAGGUGCCAUUUUUCCACCUUCAAGCAGUGCCAGGAGUGGCUGAAGAGGCUGAACCGAGCCAUCGCCCGCCCCGCCAAGCCCGAGGACCUCUUUGCGUUUGCCUACCACGCCUGGUGCUUAGGAGUCUGUGUGGAUGAGGAGGACCAGCAUGCACAUCUCUGCCGUCCAGGAGACCACGUGAAAUACCGCUUUGAGAUGGAGCUGGUGAGGAUGGGCUUUGACUUGCAGAACGUCUGGCGUGUCUCUGACAUCAACAACAAUUACAAGCUCUGUUCCAGUUAUCCUCAGAAGCUGCUGGUCCCUGUCUGGAUCACAGAUAAGGAGCUAGAGAAUGUGGCUUCAUUUAGGUCGUGGAAGAGGAUCCCUGUGGUGGUCUACAGACACGUGCGCAACGGGGCGGUGAUCGCUCGCUGCAGCCAGCCCGAGAUCAGCUGGUGGGGCUGGAGGAACGCCGACGACGAGUACCUGGUGACGUCCAUCGCCAAAGCCUGUGCCUUGAACCCCGGGGGGAAGCUGGCUGCCGGCGCGCCGCACGCCGAGGGCGGCGAGGCCUGCGAGGCUGACUUCGACUCAUCCCUGACUGCGUGUUCAGGUGUGGAGAACGCAGGAGCACCUCAGAAGCUGCUGAUCCUUGAUGCCAGGUCCUAUACUGCAGCUGUGGCCAACAGGGCGAAGGGAGGUGGCUGCGAGUGUGAAGAGUAUUACCCAAACUGUGAAGUUGUGUUCAUGGGCAUGGCCAACAUCCACUCCAUCAGGAACAGCUUCCAGUACCUGCGUGCUGUCUGCAGCCAGGUGCCAGAUCCCAGCAACUGGCUUUCAGCCCUGGAGAGCACCAAGUGGCUGCAGCACCUCUCUGUCAUGCUGAAGGCAGCAGUGCUGGUCUCCAGCGCGGUUGACCGAGAAGGGCGUCCAGUGCUGGUUCAUUGCUCAGACGGCUGGGACAGGACUCCACAGAUCGUGGCACUGGCAAAGAUUCUGCUGGACCCUUACUACAGGACCAUGGAGGGCUUCCAGGUGCUCGUGGAGUCGGACUGGCUGGAUUUUGGCCACAAGUUUGGUGACCGCUGUGGUCACCAGGAGAAGGUGGAAGAUCAGAAUGAGCAGUGCCCAGUUUUUCUCCAGUGGCUGGAUGCUGUUCAUCAGCUUCUGAAGCAGUUUCCUUGCCUCUUUGAAUUUAAUGAAGCCUUUUUGGUGAAGCUGGUGCAGCACACCUACUCCUGCCUCUAUGGGACCUUCCUUGGGAACAGCCCCUGCGAGCGAGAGAUGCACAACAUCUCCAAGCGGACCUGCUCCGUCUGGUCCCUCCUGCGGGCCGGCAACAAGAACUUCCACAACCUCCUCUACAUGCCAGGCUCUGAGCAGGUGCUGCAUCCCGUGUGCCACGUGCGAGCGCUGCACCUCUGGACAGCAGUGUACCUCCCAGCUUCCUCACCACACCCUCUGGGACAGGAUGACAUGGACAUUUAUCCACCCCCUGGAUCUCAGAGCCAGGAGUUCAGUGGCAGAUGUUUGGACAGAUUACCAAAGACAAGAUCUAUGGAUGACCUGCUCUCAGCCUGUGACUCCAGCAGCCCCCUGACCCGCACCUCCAGUGACCCCAACCUGAACAACCACUGUCAGGAGGUGCGGGUGGGCCUGGACCCCCGGCAUGCCGCUGCUGAGGGAGCUGAGCUGCACCUGGGCGAAGGCAGUGCUGUGGGAGAGGUGCAGCAGGUGGAGGAGCACGAGGAGAGCACUGCCCUGCAAGCCAAUGGGGCCAGCGGCAGCCCUGCUGAGCACGGAGGGCACAGAGAGCAGCUGAGCAGCCAGGCGGCUGUGCCAGCCAGCAGAGCCUCUCUGGAGGCAGAAAAAGGAACUGGAGCAUGCCCAGAGGAACUGGAUGGCACUGGCAUGUGCCCAGCUCCAAGCCCUUCUGGACAGCAGAUCACUGACCAGGUUUCCACCAGUUGUGCAAAGCAGUCGGAAGCCUGUCCCCAGGAGCCAACGAAGGCCACUGGUGUGGUGUCAAACGGAGGAGGCUGCCCCAAGAGAAACGUCACCUGCCAAGACAUUCCCAGCCAGGAGCCCCUGGCACCGAGCGCCCCUUGUCUGGACAUCCCAGGCGCUGCCAUGGGCACUCCCUGCCUGGCCACAGAGAAGGGCAAAGGCGAGGCUGGGGGUGUGCCCUGCGAGGAGCCCGGCCGGCCGGGCAGGAUCCCGCCGGAGCAGUGCCGCAAGCCCAUUUCCCAGAGCCAAAGCAGCGAGUUCUCCUUCCUGGGCUACAACUGGGACAGCUUCCAAGGAAUGGUGACAUCCCUCCCCAAUGGGGAGCCUGUCCCCAGGCACCUCCUCUCCUAUGGCUGCUGUAGCAAGAGGCUGGGCAGCAAGCCCCUGCGGGCACCCGGGCUGUGCCUCAGCGGCCAGUGGCCUGCCAGGGAGGGUGGGAAGCCCUGGCUCUGCUCCGGCCACGGCAGCAGCCACUUCGCAGGCCCCACGGGCAAGCCCGGCCGCUCCUGGCUGCCCUGCCACCUGAAACAGGCCUCUGGGCCCAAGCACAUGCCACCAAAAUGCCCCUCUCCCGUGCCUCCUCUCUACCUGGACGACGACGGGCUGCCCUUCCCCACGGACGUGAUCCAGCACCGGCUGCGGCAGAUCGAGGCCAGCUACAAGCAGGAGGUGGAGCAGCUGCGCCGGCAGGUGCGGGAGCUGCAGCUGCGCCUGGACAUCCGCCACUUCUGCGCCCCGCCGGCGGAGCCCCCCAUGGACUACGAGGAUGACUUUACGUGCUUGAAGGAAUCGGAUGGCAGCGACACGGAGGAUUUCUGCUCUGAUCACAGUGAAGAGUGCUUGUCAGAAGCAAGCUGGGAGCCUGUGGAUAAGAAGGAGACUGAGGUGACGCGGUGGGUUCCAGACCACAUGGCCUCGCACUGCUUUAACUGCGACUGUGAGUUCUGGCUGGCCAAGAGGAGGCAUCACUGCAGGAACUGUGGGAACGUGUUCUGUGCUAGUUGCUGCCACCUGAAGUUGCCCAUCCCUGACCAGCAGUUGUAUGACCCUGUCCUGGUUUGUAACUCCUGUUAUGACCACAUCCAAGUGUCUCGUGCCAGGGAGCUGAUGAGCCAACAACUGAAGAAGCCCAUCGCCACGGCUUCCAGCUGAAUGCCACACAGGGGACCUGUCUAAGCCCAGCCUUUUCUCUCGUGGGUUUGAAGGGUGACUCUGCCUCCAGUGGGAUUGUGAAGGCCCUUGGUGCAACACUUGAACACCAAGCUUGAAUGCACUGUCUUCAGCCUGGAGCAGAGGAGCUCAGAUCAGAGAGUACGUAUGGUGUGUGUCCCCACUCUGCUGCUGGUGGGCCCAUACACUCUAGUCUGACAGCCUGGGGCUGAAGAGGGGAUUGCAUCCUCUUUUGUGGGCUGGAAAGCAAUGUUUUCACAGAUAUUGCCUGUGCAAAGUACCCCCCAAAGCAAUAGAAAGGCAUGUUUAGAACCAACCCCCCCCUCCCAAGGCAGGCUGCUGUGCGAGGAGGAGGAGGAGGAGGGCAAACUCCAGGUGGUACCGUGUGCUUUGGAAGGGCCUCAGCCUGGAGCAGUUGUGUAGAUUCUCUUUCCAUGAGUGUGAUUUGUGAUCAGCUUGGUGACCAAGACUCCUCAGCCACCACCAACUGAUGGCUUUCUCUCGUGCAUCAAAGAGAAAUCCCUUCUGGCUGAGAAGGGGCCCGGCAGAGCCUGCCCGUUGCCACGCUCCGCCGGGCCCGGUGAUUGCACUUAGUGACUCUGCCCCUGCCCCCCAGCUGUGUGGGGAGAUGGGAGCUUGGCUUUCUCACCUCUGCUCUGCUUCGUCUGCGGCCGUGUCACAGCCCGGCGCUCCCGCAGGACCGGCGCCCGAUCCUCUCCUGGCAUGGAAGCGGAGCUCCCGUUCCUGCGUGGCUCCUCCCGCCCUCUUCUGCCCUCAGCUCUCCACUUCCUCCUGCUCUUUAUCCUGAAAACUUGAUACCUUGAGGGUAUAGGCCAUAAUGUGUUGUUUUACCUCCUGGGAAUGUGCUGUCUGGUGUCUGUGAGGGUUUCAGUCCAAAUGCUGCUAUAUAUUUCUGUGCACUUAAUGUAACCCCAAGAAGGGAGAAGGAAGCAUCGAUACCAAAACGGGGGUGGGGAAGGACCCUGGCUGACGUAGACACUACAGGCUGUGCUCUUCGCUUCGGGGUGGACAGCCCAGCUGCGGUGACAAACGUGACCAUGUGGCAUCUCUUCAGUGGUGGAAACAAUCUCUGUGGCUUGCCCCAGUUGCUACCUAAAUUGCCUCUUGAAUUUGACUUCUCUUUUUUCUUUUGUCUGUCUCCUGUACAGCAAAGUUCAGAGUUGCCAACUUGUGGUGGCCUCUCUGCUCCUCCUUUAAAGUAGAGAGUGCAGGAAUCCCAGCUCACUCCUUAGGAAAAGGAAGAGGGGUUGGAAAGAUAGGAAGGUUGAGAAAGAAAGGGGCCUUCAGGUGGGCUUUUGUUUAAUCCCUUGUUAGAUCCCUCUGGGAGUAUCCAUCCUGCCUCCUUUCUAAGGGUGUUCUGGGGAAGAAGCAUUUGCAAGUGGGGCACCUCUUGGCAGGAGUGCAGGAUCUCUUUCCAGCUCAAGGAAACUGCCCAGUGUGUUCUGCACCUCAUCAGCUGAGACUUUGGUCUGUGGCAGGGAGGACCUGUGAGGGCAUUUUGCCUGGUAGCAAGACAAAGUACUUGACACUGCUGUGCCCUCCCAAGGCGGUUGGCUAAUGGUUGGUCGUCUCGGAGGGGAUGGAAUCGUGACCCUUUCCUGCACUUGGAUGUGUCAGCCCCUGGUUGUGUAAAUCCUGAUAGUGCAAGCAAAGCUAGCAUCAUCUGAAGACCCUGUACUUCCUUGGACUCUGCUUCUUUUCCAUCCUGGGAACAACCAAUAUGGCUUUGGGAAGAGAAGGCACCUUGCUUCAGAUUCUCCCCUGCCUUGUCCCUUGCAGUCAUUGCCAGACGUGGGAGAGCGACCGUUGGGCUGGCAGAAGAACCUGGACUUGCUGCUGUUCUGCACAUGUUGGCAUGGCUGCAAGCAAUGAGGAAGCCAGAAACUAGGUACUCCUGGCCCCUUCUGUUCAGGCCAUUAGUCCAAACUGCUUUUAGCUCUCGUGAGUUUCAGCGUCACAACGUGCUGGCCAAAAACUCUAAACUCAGUUCGAUAGCCUUGUGACAAACAAAACGUGCUGUACAACUCAAUCCAGGCAGAAUAAAAUCUCUA